CCCAUCCCGUUCCUUCCACUUCCCGACUCCCCAGAGACUCUUCCACGCCCUCGCGAGCACCCAGACGACUUUGAGGAAGCCAUGGAAGGCAUUCACGAAGCUACGGGAGAGCCUGCGCACGCCACGGUCACGGAGCUUCUGCAUGCGGAGGCGUUCGUGAGGGACUUGAGAACCGCUCGGCUACCUGUCCUGCCACCACGCGAGGACGACGAGGACGAGAACAUCGCCUCAAGACGUCGCCUUCAAGAGCCGCGCCAAGGCCCACCGAAGCUUGACAAGUACCAGUUCGCUGGCCUGAAGAUGUUUCUCGCUCGAGGUGACGCGUCGGAGCACAACUACAUGGACAACCGUGCUGCCUUCCUCGACAUCCACCCUGAUGAUCCGCUCCCCACCUACGACGGCGUCAAGAAGCUUAUCUCGUCCGUUACCGGAGUGUACUCUAUUCGCAUCGACAUGUGCCUCAACUCCUGUAUCGCGUAUACCGGCCUGUGGAAGGACAAGGACGUCUGUCCCUUCUGCAACGAGCCUCGGUACGAUCAGUGGAAGGCUCUGAAGGCGAAGAAGGUCGCGCGCCGAACAUUCCAAACCUUCCCCGUCGGUCCUCAGCUGCAGGCCAUG